GAGAGGUGCGGAGCGGCGCGGAGGAGCGGCAGGGACCGGCCCCCGGCGCGGCCGCGGCCGGCGGGGCGCGGAACGGAGCGGGGCGGUCAUCAUCUCAAAAUCACGGAAAGCUGAAGAUGGAUUUUAAGCGUGUGAAGGACUCUAUCUAUUGGCUGUACUACCAGUACCUACUCAUCACCUGCAGCUACGUGCUGGAGCCCUGGGAGCGGUCCAUGUUCCACACCAUCACCGUGACUGUUUUCGCUAUGGUGGUGUACACGGCUUACGUGUUUGUCCCUAUUCAUGUCCGCCUGGCUUUUGAAUUCUUCUCCCAGAUAUUUGGAGGCCAGCCUGAAAGCACCGUUUCCAUCGUGAACUGAACUUGCCUGAGUAGCGAUUAGCAGCUCUUGCAACUUGUGAAAUGCAAUGUCUUCUUCAAUUCUGUGUAUUUAUUCUGAAGCAGUUUUGCAGUAAUGAAAAUACCAUUUUCUCUUACAAAACAUGGCUUGCUUAAUUACCAUAGCUGAAAAUGCACUGAGUACUGGCUGUUAAAUGAAACAUAAGCCAGCUUUUGCUGCAUGAUAAUGACACCCAUCACCUGGAAUGCCACAUUUACCUAAUAUUCAACUGGGUUCCACCUUCAGCGCUCUAUUUUAAUGACACUGGCAUGUAUGGAACCACAAAGACUGUUUACAAUGGCUGUGAGGAGGAGUACUACGCUCAUUAUACACAAAGAAGUUCUGCCAACAGAGUGCAGUGGCAAAAUAUCCCAAUCUUCUUUGACCCAGGUUAGAGAAUAUAAGGAGAUGAGUAUAAUACAGCACGAUUGAGUGCUAAUAUCUGGCUGGUUAUUGACUUCUGGUUUCUAAUGGAUGGGAGAGGAGAUUAGAAGAGAAAGUAAUAGGAGUAUGAACUUGAAUCCAACUUUUUGCAUCUAAGUUGCUGCAUCUGAGUUUAGAUGGUCUAAGAUAGUAAAAAACCCAUACUAUAGGUAAUCUUGUAGUUUACUGAAAAUGACAGGAAGAAAGAGACCUGGCUCUGUUUCAGUGCACUCCUGCCUUCUUUGAUAAAAACUGAGACAUCUCUUCUUCCUGCUCCCAUUCACCAAGGCAAGCAAAGUGCAUGUUUGCACAGACAAAGGUGAUCCAGAAAACAGAGCAGAAGUAAUAUUUUAAUAACUGCAGGGAAGUCUGAGAGCUUAAAAAUAUCUCCUUUAUAAAGAAGAAAUUAGAUUUAUUGUAAUUGCAUGUAGGGAGUUUCUUAACCAAUAGGUUUGUUUGGUUUUCACUCUACACCUAAAUCAAAUGUCAAUGCCAAAUCGUAAGUUAUAGUGCAUGUAUCUAGCAGCUGAUGCUACUGUUAUUAGAAGUGAGAGGUGCAAAAUGUAAAGAGCUUUCAAAUUAUGUUUGCACAGUUUUAGGAUUUUAAAAGCUCUCUUCUUUACCAAGCUGCAGUGGGGUCCUGCAUGCUUGAAAGAACCCUGUUUGGGAACUAAGACAUGUUUUGAAGGUUGAACAGAUCUGGACAUGUGUAUGCAGUUUUACCAGAGAAAAAUAAAACUUUAUUCUUCAGAAA